UUUUCGUGGCCACGAUGAAUCAUCCACUUCUUUGAACAAAGGCAACUUUCUAGAGAUGAUUGAUAUGUUGAAAGAUGGCAACGAGAAAAUAAGAGAUGCUUUUGAUCGCGGUGGAAGGAACUGUCAAAUGACUUACGGUGAGAUACAAAAGGAUCUUGCAAGGUGUUGUGCGGAAGAAGUCACCGAAGUGAUUAUGGGAGACCUUGGUGAUAAACAAUUCUCCGUUCUUAUUGAUGAGUCACGUGAUAUAUCCGUGAAAGAACAAAUGGCGGUAAUGUUGAGGUACGUGAGCAAUGAAGGGAAAGUUGUGGAACGCUUUCUUUGUCUAUAUCACAUCAAAGAUACUACAUCAGAGGCACUAAAGUUAGCUCUUAUUAUGAUUCUUGAUCAUUACAAACUUCCAAUUUCAAGGCUUAGAGGGCAAGGAUAUGAUGGAGCUUCAAACAUGAGAGGUGAAUUUAAUGGCUUGCAAAGAAAAAUUCUAGAUGAGAACCCAUAUGCCUUCUAUGUGCAUUGUUUUGCUCAUCGUCUGCAGCUUGUAGUGGUCGCUGUUGCUACUUCUUCUUGCUCAUAUAUUCAUGAUUUUUUUGAGUAUGUAUCACUGAUUGUAAACACAACAAGUUCAUCAUGCAAGAAGAUGGAAUUAUUGAUGGAAGAAGCCCACAAAGCCAUUUCGGAUAAGCUUGAGAGGGGUGAAAUAUCUACAGGAAGAGGUUUGAAUCAGCAAACUAGUCUUGCUAGACCUGGAGAUACUAGAUGGGGUUCACAUCAUAAAACCUUGCUUCGUUUGGACGGAAUGUGGGAACAUGUGAUAAAAGUACUAAGCACGGUCGACGGAAAUGGGCGUAAUCCGAAUAGUGCUGCGGGUUGCAUCAAGAAGAUGGAGCGCUUUAAAUUUGCUCUCGUUUUGAAGCUUAUGUUGAAGUUGUUGGGUAUUACAAAUGAGCUUUCACAUCUCUUGCAAAAAAAAGAUACAAAUAUUAUUCAUGCCAUGGAGUUAGUUAAUGAUGUCAAGUUUCGGUUGGCCACCAUUAGAGAUAGUGGUUGGGAUAGUCUUUUUGAAGAGGUCCAACAAUUUUGUACUUCCAAAGGUAUUCCGGUGCCAAAUAUGGAUGAGGAAAUACCGGUUCGAGGUCGCUCAAGGCUAGAGGGAAGGACCAUCACCAAUCUUCAUUAUUAUCGGGCUGAAAUCUUCUAUGUGGUUAUCGACAAAAUAUGUGUUGAGAUGGAUCAUCGCUUUGGUGACACAAAUAAGGAGGUACUUUCUUGUUUCUCAUGUCUUGAUCCCAAGGAUUCUUUCUCCAAGUUCAAUGUAGAGAAGCUUUGUCGUCUUGCUGAAAUUUACAGUGAAGAUUUCUCUAAUAAUGAUCGUACAAUAUUGAGGGAUCAACUUGAGACGUACGUUCUUCAUUUGCGAAAUCAUGCUGCCUUUUCGACUUGCAAUGAUUUUGAAAGUUUGGCUGCAAAAAUGGUAGAAACGGAGAAACACUUGGUAUUUCCAUUGGUUUACAAGCUCAUUGAGUUAGCUUUGUUAUUGCCGGUGUCAACAGCAUCUGUUGAGAGAGCUUUCUCGGCAAUGAAAAUUAUCAAGUCUAAGUUGCCCAAUAAGAUAAAUGAUGAUUGGUUUAAUCACUUGAUGAUAUGCUACACUGAGCGGGAGAUAUUUAAAUCACUUGAUGAUGUAGUAAUUAUUCGACGGUUUCAAGCCUUCAAGAAUCGUAAAGGGAUUUUGCCGAGGCGUCAUUAGUACUUGAAAGGCAGGGACUCUUGAAAGGUUUCAUUGUGGGCGUCUAAAUUAGUGAGCAUUUGGAUAUCUAGAAUUUUGUUUGUCUAGUGAACAAUUAUUUUAGCUUUUGUGUUUCCAAACAACUAUGACAUAUGGUUCUCAAUUUAGUACUUAUAUUUUAAUUAUAUAUAUCGAAAUAUGUGGUUGCGAUUCUCGUUUUUUUUUGCUUAGCUUAUGGUUCGCCCAGGCUUCAAUUUUUUCCUGGCUCCGCCACUGGA